AUGUCUUGCUUUCAGGUGAUGAGCAUGGUAUCAGGAUUUGCACCAUUGAUUUCUGCAGGUAUUUUUUCAGCCACCCUUUCUUCUGCAUUAGCAUCUCUUGUGAGUGCACCUAAGAUUUUCCAAGCUUUGUGCAAGGACAACAUUUAUCCAGGAUUUCUGAUGUUUGCUAAAGGCUAUGGGAAGAACAAUGAACCGCUGAGAGGAUAUCUUCUAACAUUCUUAAUUGCUCUUGGAUUCAUAUUAAUUGCUGAAUUGAACAUCAUUGCUCCAAUUAUCUCUAAUUUCUUCUUGGCUUCAUAUGCCUUGAUUAACUUCUCUGUAUUCCACGCUUCUCUAGCAAAAUCUCCAGGUUGGCGUCCUGCUUUCAAAUACUACAAUAUGUGGAUUUCUCUUGUUGGAGCUAUUCUGUGCUGCAUUGUGAUGUUUGUCAUUAAUUGGUGGGCAGCACUUCUAACAUAUGUCAUAGUCCUUGGACUCUAUAUUUAUGUCACUUACAAGAAACCAGAUGUGAAUUGGGGAUCCUCAACACAAGCUUUGACUUACUUGAAUGCACUACAGCAUUCUAUUCGUCUCUCAGGAGUGGAAGAUCAUGUGAAAAACUUCAGACCUCAGUGCUUAAUUAUGACAGGUGCUCCAAACUCACGUCCAGCUUUGCUUCACCUUGUCCAUGCUUUCACCAAAAAUGUGGGCUUGAUGAUCUGUGGCCAUGUACAUAUGGGUUCUCAGAGACAAGCAGUGAAGGAACGGUUAAGUGAUCUGGCCAAAUAUCAGUGAUGGCUUAUUAAAAACAAGAUGAAGGCCUUCUAUGCACCAGUGCAUGCAGAGGACUUGAGGGAUGGAGGACAGUAUUUAAUGCAGGCUGCUGGUCUGGGUAGAAUGAGACCUAACACCCUUGUUCUUGGAUUUAAGAGAAACUGGAGACAAGCUGACAUUAGAGAUGUUGAGACCUAUAUAAAUUUAUUCCAUGAUGCCUUUGACAUCCAGUAUGGUGUAGUUGUCAUCUGCCUAAAAGAGGGCUUGGACAUAUCUCACCUUCAGGGACAGGAAGAGAUACUGUCAUUCCAAGAAAAAUCUCCAUGUUCCAAGGAUGUCAUAGUAAAAGUGGAUUAUAGCAAGAAGGCUGAGACAGAUGCUUUUUCUAUAGCUUUUGUUCUGUCAUCUAGUGAAAAACCUCCUGUUCUACAUAAAGAGGAUGAGGAGGAUGGAAAGACUCCAACGCAAUCACUGUUGAAAAAAGACUCAAAGGGCCAAUCUUCUCCUUUAAAUUUGGCUGACCAAAGACUUCUUGAUGCUAGUACCCAGUUUCAGAAGAAACAAGGCAAAAGCAAUAUUGAUGUCUGGUGGCUCUUUGAUGAUGGAGGUUUGACACUGUUGAUUCCUUAUCUUCUUACAACCAAGAAAAAGUGGAAAGAUUGUAAGAUCAGAGUGUUCAUUGGUGGAAAAAUAAACAGGAUUGAUCAUGACAGAAGAGUGAUGGCUGCUUUGCUCAGCAAAUUUCGGAUAGAUUUCUCAGACAUCAUGGUCCUUGGAGAUAUUAAUACUAAGCCAAAGAUAGAAAAUAUUGCAGCUUUUGAAGAAAUGAUAGAGCCGUUCAGACUUCAUGAAGAUGAUAAAGAACAAGAAGUUGCAGAUAAAAUGAAGGAGAGUGAACCUUGGAGGAUAACAGAUAAUGAACUUGGGCUUUCCAAAACAAAGACUUAUCGUCAGAUUAGGCUAAAUGAGUUGCUGAAAGAACAUUCAGUUACAGCUAACAUAAUUGUUAUGAGUUUGCCAGUUGCAAGAAAAGGUGCGGUUUCUAGUGCACUAUACAUGGCCUGGUUAGAAGCUCUUUCUAAAGAUCUGCCACCAAUUCUCCUUGUUCGUGGGAAUCAUCAGAGUGUUCUUACCUUCUAUUCUUAA